AAGAUAGCUAGAAGUAAGCUUCCGCCAAAAACAAACUCAAUGAAAAUUAAGUUAUUCGAGUUGCGUUGAGCUUCCAGUAGAAUGGUGGUUGUGGAUGCGUCGUUCUGACUGCAGUUAAAAUGACCAAAUUGGAAUUACUAAUUGCAACACUGAUCUUAGCGCAAGGGUUAGUCGCCCAAAAUGAAGAAUUUCCAACUUUGCAAGAAUUUCAGGACACCUUUUCAAUAACUUCAGAGGAUCACCAAAUACGUGAAGUUUCCCAUCUGAAUAACAACAGCUUUACUUCUGAAAGUAAAAGCUCGAAAACGAAUGAGAAGUUUUACACAAAACCACCCUUCCAAGUGCUAGAUAUUUCAAGCACCGAAAAGCCCUUCAAUCCAGCAGCUCCAGAGCCAUUGGUGGUGCAAAUGAUUCCGGACAGUCUCCUUCCGGAAAACGAUUCUAGCGCGUCAAACAUCAACAAGCAUAAACAAAACGCUGCCAACAACUUCGAAAAAGAGCAGGAAUGGGAUUAUGGGUUGAAUAACGAGUACCUGAGUUACCUCCAAUCCAAAGGGAUAAUUGACAAAGAUGGUGAUGAGCUUUUUAUCGCUGAGGAGGACGGGGACGACGAUGACCCAAAGGUGGUCAAUUAUGUGGAUGACGACCCAGAAAAUUGGGAUAUGAAGACCUUGGCCAACAAUUUGAAGAACGAUGACCAAAAUGAUGAGAGCUCCAACUCAGAAGAGCUGAUGAAAGUUUUGUCACAGGAGAAUUCUGAAUCUUGGGACAGUUGGGUGGAAAAGCAGCUUGAAGCGUAUUUGAACCACCUGAAGGGUGGUCACAGGUCUCAUGAGAAGGACGCCCAAUGGUCCUCUGACUCAAGAGAAACCAGGGCUAACAAAUCAAAGACGGUUGAGGUCCAAGAGUUGAAAAUGGAAAGUCAAAAUUUGAGGGAACAGGAAGAAGCUCUCACAAAGGUCAAGCCGUCCAUGGCGAUUUUGCCUAAUCAAGGCAGGAAAAAUAGCGUACAACAUUGGAAGAAAGUGCUGCGGAAGGGGCAAAAUGAAAAGGUCAUAAGACCAGAUUACUUAUCGGAAAUGGAAACUCCCACAAAAUCGCGAAAUCGAGAAGAGGUAAUAAUAAGGAACCAAAAGGGAAAUCGUGAGGACAAGAAGGAAAAGGGCUCGAAAAAGAAAAAAUUCAAAGGGAGGAAAUAUAGAGAGGAUAAAAGUGAUAAAAUCAAGGAAAAUAAGCGAUUAGGACGCCCAAACAAAGAUAAAGCGCCAAAGAAUUCAGAACUUUUUACAAAUCGCUUGAAAAGCGUUUUCAAGGGAGGUAAACGCAAAGGCUCAAAGGGCGAAGAGCUGAGAAAUAAAAAUAGUCGUUUAGAUAAAACAUCUGCGGAGGUCAAGAAAAAUGACGAGUCAAAACAAGUUGAAUUAAGCGUAAAUCCGAUGCCCCAGGCGGAGGUCACUGUCAAACUGGAGGACCUGGAGCACACAAGGAAUUUGCUUCAGAAGUGGAGGGAAUUCCUGCGGCAUGGUAAAACUCAAGUCAGCCCUAGACAAUUUCCAUCAGACAAGAAAAUCGCACCAACGAAUAUUAAGAAGAGCAAAGAAGAAAAGGCAAGAGUUAACAUUCGUAAAAUUAUCCACCGUAGCUGGAAGUCGUUUUAAAGAAUAAUACAAGACCUGAUCGAGCGCGCGAUACGGGUCAAAAAGUGGCAAAUCAAAAGGUGGACAAUUCAUUUGGAGUUGUGCUGAGAAAAUCAGAGAGUCACCCUCACCGCAAUUUAAGCAAAAUUAGUAUUGUACAUUGUAUCUAGAAAUUGUGUAUAUUUGCAAACAAUUAAUUAUUAAUAAAAUAAAUUCUAACAUAUUUACGGCUAUUAAUUAGUGUGAACUAAUGCAAUAAACAAAUCAAAAAAAUAUAAAGG